UAUUUUGUAUGCUUUUGUGGAACAGACUGAAAAGUACUGAGAAGUUACGAAGAACUUUGAUUGCUUAUCCUGAAGAUAAAUUUACUUGUUUAAACAAAUGCAAACUAUUGGCUAAAGAUGAGACACAAGAAGUUGCAGAAUUUUCUUUCCCUACAUUGAUUCAAGAGGAGACUAAAUUGGGAGAGUUAUACAGAAAGACAUGUGAAGUAUUAUUAGAGAUUCACCAAAUGAAGCAGAAAAAUGAUAGGUUGAAAGAAUUAAAAGAAGAGUGUAACACUGACAUAGAAGUAGAAUUUUCAAUUAGUCAGAGUGAAUCAUUUACAAUUAAAAAAAGAAAUGCACUUUGUAUGUGCAUUUGGCUUUGUUCAUUUUAUGAAUAUUAUCUUAAAAAGAUAAAAUCAGAACAUCUUGCAAGUGCUAUACAUUCUGAAAUGGAAGACUAUUUUUCAGAAGAUUGUAUUAGAUUAAUUAUAUGCUUUAUGAAUACACAAAAUAUUAAACCACAAAAUGAGCAGGAUUUACCAUCAGAUCCCAAUGCUCCAUUGUUUGAAGUUCAAGGACAUAGGAUAGUAUCAACACAACGUCAAGGAGUUAGAAUUGAUCCAAUAUACAAGUUGUUUUUUCCUGAUAAACAAGAUGAUCAAUCAAGACAAAUAUGUAAUGCAUUAGCAUCUGUAACAGCUGCCAUUUUAGCCUGUCCAGAUUGGUCAAAUCAUCUUUGGUAUCAUUUAUUUUCUCCUCACAAAUUAUCAGGCACUCAGGUCACGGGAUUCCUAUUGGAUUCAGCUAUUAAAGAAGGAAGGUUAUAUGAUUGUGGUGUAGUAUUAGAUGAAGAAGGAGAAUAUGGCAGACCAGAAUACUUGCACAGAGCUGAAAAAGGAAUGCUAACUUUGCACUCGCUUUAUCUUCUUCUUUGGUGUAACUUUGGAACAUUUUGUUUGAAUUUAUUGACUCAAGGAGAUUCUAACAUAAAAGUAACUGUAAUAUCAUCAUACCAAGCUGUUCGUCAUUAUUGCAAGUCUCAGUUAAGUUUAAUGUGGUUACAUAUGACCACUAACAUGGCACUAACUGAUGAUCAAUUGUCUUUGCUAAUUGUAUGCUCCAUGAAGAGAAUGAUUCAAAUUUCAUAUCAAAGACCAAUGGGAUUGUUACAUGAUUUAGAAGAAAGGGAUGCAUAUGAAAAAAUGUGGCAUGCUCAAAUAUUUGUUCCAUCACUGAAAGAAGUUGAAGACAAUUUUAUGAGUUAUUUGUCUAAAUUGCAAGCUGAUGACUUUGUGGCUAAAUUAAACUUAAGAGAGCUUAGUUGUAUUUAUCCUCAUGUGCCGACAUUACAGCAGUUCACUCAUUUUGUGCAAAGACACUGUGCUUCCUCUGAACAUAGAGGGAAAUAUGAUGUUUUAGUGAAACUAACAAAUUCAUAUUCUCGUCUUCAGUCUUAUAGUGCUUUAUUACCAUCUCUCAUUGAAUUCUAUCAGUGGAUUGUCACUGACUUGUCUCAUGUUCUUACUCAAGAGGAAAGCACAAAAAUUGGCAUAUGUAGUGCUGUGAGAGAUGCUUCAGAAAAAUAUUCAAAAGAUGUAGAAUAUCACUACACCAAAUUAUUUGAAGGAGUACAAAAUGAUUACAAUGAAUACUUGAAAGUGAUAGACUUUUCAAUUGGUGCUGGUGCUUGUGCCAAUUUACAAAGAAAAAAUGCAGUUCCAUUGAUGAAUGAUGCAGUGCCUGUUUUCAGAUUUUUACCAGGAGUGACAAACGAUGGGACAGAAGAAGAAAGAGACUUUCUAUUUCUUGUAAUUCAAGAUAUUGUUAAUUUUCAUAACAGCUUUUUAAGAGAGAUAAAUGAGCUGAUCAAGCACAAUGAUACUCUGAAAAAGUAUUUGUCUAAACUUCCAAAUGAAGAGAAUGCAGAGUUUAUUGUGAUGCCUCAUGUACAUCCAUUAGCUGUCAAUGAAUAUUCUUGUAUUUUAGGCCAAAAUGUGUCAAACAGAAGGUCACUGUUAGAACUAGUACAUAAACAUCAAACUGAAACUGGAUAUGAUUUAGAUAAAAUACAAGAAGAAAUUGUGGCACAUUUUAUUGCUGGAAAACUCCCAAUUGAUAAUUGCCAAACUAAACUCAAAAUGCAGUUUCACUAUAAGUUAAUACACACUGACAAAAGCAAAAUGGAACAUCCAACUGAAUUAAUGCUCACACUUGACCAACUAAAUGAUGAACAUAUGAAAAUAUUAAUACCUCCAGAUGAAGACUUUUUGAUAGCUUUGAAGUAUGAGUUAUACACUCUUGAUUAUGAUAAACUUGUAGAAGUGGCUCAUUGUCUAAAAACAAUUGCAGAACACAUUAUACAAAAAAUUAAUGAGGGUCAAAUUCUUAAAAAUGACAUUCUUGAUCAGAAUGUGGGAGAUGUUUUACCAAAAAUUGUUUAUGAUCAAGAAACUCAACAUGACUCAUUGAAGGUUUUUGAUGACCUUGGAAUGGACAAGCUUCAAAAUACACACCGUUUGCGCAUUGCAGCCAUACCUAUAAAGCAUUUAUUGACAACAUUGCAAGUUAUUGUAGAAUGGAUUAAAGAUGGAAUAUAUGAUUUUCAUACUUUACCAAAAGCAAUGAAAGUGCCAUUAGAAGAUGAAGAAAAAAUAUUUGCUAUUCAGAAAAAUUACAAGCAAAAUCACAUUGAUGAACUAUCAGAGAAAUUGAAAAGUAUUGUUGCUGUUUUGACAGACUGUGAACAAGAUCUUAUAAAAAAGAUUGAUGAAGAGCCUGAAAUAUCAAUAUUUCAAUAUUUAAGAAAUUUGUCACUUGUUACUGAUGACGAUGAAAAUCUUAUUAAGCUAUUUCCAAAACAUAUAAAACCCAGACACUACAUGGCAUUACGAAUAUGCUUAAGAAAAGUUAUUAUUUGCAUUGAAGAAGAACGACUUGACGAAGGCUUGCAUAAGAACAAGUGGUCUGAAUAUGUUGAGGACCUAUGGUCAGAAGAAAAACUAGAACACCUUAGAGAAAUGGCAACUGUAUUUGAUUACACUCAAGUUUAUGAUCCAGUGAAAGGUGUAUAUGGCUUUGAUGAUGACGAAAUCAUAGCAGAUGAAAGCAUUAUGACUGAAGAAGAUGAUAGCAUGCCUACAGGGCCACAAGAUUCUCCAAAUUUAAGCAGACCUGAGACUGUUAGUGAAGAAGCUCCAUCUGCAGCUCAAACUGGUGAUCUUGACCUUAGUGCUGCAGCUGAAAAAGUUUCUUCUACAGAUGUAUCGGACUAUCUUCGCUCGCUGAAAUUAGAUCAAUACAUUGAGGAGUUUAUGGAGAAUGACAUUGAUGGUAUUGCAUUGUUUUAUAUUGAUGAUGAAAUACUAGAAUCACUGGGUGUGGACACAAAGAAAGACAAGAUUAAGAUAAAGACCCGGUUUAAGCAAUGGCUAAAAAAGUUUUUGUAGUGUAGUUUAAAUCCUAACUUAGUUGACUUAUUAGAUUUAAUUGUCCAUAUUAUAGUGUUUUAGAUUUGAUAGAAACUAUUUUUUUGCUGAUUAGCUGAUACUGUUACAUUUAUAUAGCUACUUUUUUGCUGAUUGUAAAAGUAUUAUUUUGCACUAAUACAUAAA